GUCUCGGUUUUUUAAUCUUAACAUUAUACAACCUUAUACCCGUAUAUAUAACAAUAGUGUGCAACACUACAUCUUAACGUGUAUUUAGGUACUUUUCGUCUCCGGUUUAUGGUACGUUACGUUACUAUAAUGUCUUAUUUUUGUUUGAUUUGUUUUUCUCGCGAGAUUUCGCGCUCGCCUUGAAAAAAAUUGCAAUGUUGAGCGAGUGAUUUCGCGGGAACUGUUUCUUUUGCUCGCUGUUAAGGAAUAAAAUCAGUGAUAUCUGGAAAUACAACGUAAUACCUGAUUUAAAACGGGUAUCAGCUGAAGCUCGACUUUCUCUCUUCUAAGGACAAUCAUGUUUUCCGAUAUGAGCGCCCAGAAGGAGGGCUCCUCUCUGCUUUGCCGACCUGCCUCCGAGGACCAGGGACCGGUGUUUGAGAGGACGUCGCUGGCCUACAGUCCAUGCUCCGACCGAUACACAGUCGGGGAUCGGAGUUUCAAUCGCCAGUAUGCUCACAUUUACGCAGCACGACUCAUGCAGAUGAGGCCCUUGCUCUCAGAAAGAGCCCAGCAGAAGUGGGGAUCGAAUGUGCUUAUCAGGAAGCUGUGUGAUCUUCAGACAGGGGAGCAGUGUUGCAUUGUGGGAACCUUGUUCAAGCGUAUGGAAUUGCAGCCAUCUAUUCUGAAAGAGAUCAGUGAGGAGCACAACCUGCUGCCUCAGCCUGCACGGACCAAAUACAUCAGCGACACAGAUGAGCUGAUUCUUGAGGAUGAGCUGCAAAGGAUCAAACUGGAGGGCAAAAUUGACCGAGACAAGUGUGUCACAGGUAGUGUUAUUGCAAUAUAUGGAGCUGAGAAGAAUGAUGGGAAGUUCACAGUUGAGGACUUUUGCAUGGCUGAUCUUCCUCUGCAGACACCAAGACCUGCGCUUAGCUCUGACAGGUUUGUGCUCCUGGUCUCAGGACUUGGUCUUGGAAGUAGUCAUGCUGACAGCAUGCUAGGGUUGCAGUUGCUUGUCGACAUGGUAACCGGUCAGCUCGGUGACCAGGGGGAGCAGAGCGGGGCAGCGACGAUUUCCAGGGUCGUACUGGCUGGAAACCUCCUGAGCCAAAACACACAAGACAAGGACGCAUCAACAAAGCCCAAGUACCUCACCAAGAAGACUCAGGCUGGCAGCGUGGAGGCCAUGCGUCUGCUGGAUGAGCUGCUGCAUCAGCUGGUGGCCUCGGUUCCAGUGGAUGUAAUGCCCGGCCAGUACGACCCCACCAACUACACCCUCCCUCAGCAGCCUCUGCACCGCUGUAUGUUCCCCUUGUCCUCAGUGUACCCCACACUAAACUUGGCCUCCAAUCCAUUCCAAGCUAACAUUGAUGGAGUGAGGUUCCUGGGUACAUCAGGCCAGAAUGUCUGUGACAUCCAGAGGUACAGCAGCAUGGAAAAUCACCUGGAAAUCCUGGAAGACACGCUACGACUCAGACACCUGGCCCCUACGGCUCCUGAUACUCUUGGUUGUUACCCAUUUUACAAAAAAGACCCUUUUAUCCUCGAGGAGUGUCCCCACGUCUACUUCAGUGGCAACGCCCCGACCUUUGCGUCCAAGCCCAUCAAAGGCCCUGAUGGCCAGGAAGUCCUUUUGGUUACUGUUCCGGACUUCAGCAGCACCCAAACGGCGUGUCUGGUUAAUUUACGUACUCUUGCAUGUGAGCCAGUCAGCUUCUCAGCCUUCUCCGCUGACGACGAUGAGGAUAGUGAGAUGAACAUCAGCCACUGAGCUUCCAUAUCCACAUGCAGCACCAACACACCGACACUUCUCGGACACUAUUUGUUAAUAUUCAUUCUGGGCACAAGGAAUCAAGGCAGCAGUGGGCAAAGAAUUGCAGUCCUUUCUACACUGAUGCUGUCCAGUAUCAUAAGAGUCAAUGGAUUGCUGUUAGAAUCACCUUUAUAUAUAAUGUUGCUUCUAAUGCUUCUAUUAAAGUGUUUACAUAAGACUGUAAGAGAUAAACAUCACUGACAUCCUGCUACUCUACUCUUCAAUCAGUGUUCACAAAGGUGCCAAAAAAGAGACAAGCAUUCUGUAUUAACAAGCCUUUAUUUGAAAAAUAACCAGCUGUGUCUGCUUCUCUGUUACCAACUUUGAAAACAUUUUUAAAACCUUCUGUGACUGUUCAUACUAUAAAAAAUAUUUCUGCAAUGGAUGGUAAAUAACUCUGGUGAAGUAAAAAAAAAAAGCAUGACUUUUCUUUAAUGUGCGUCCACAAUAAACAACUUUUCAUGAAGCAAA